AUGCAAAUCCCUGAACUGGAAUUGCAAAAGAGGGCCCAGCAGGUAGCCAGGGAAGAGGUGAUCUCAAAGGUUGAAACCGACCCUGGUGAUGAGGCUGUCGCCUUCCAGCUCAAGAAAAGCAUUGCGGUGCAUCUCAAGUCGCGUGGGCGAUCAUUCUUCACCCAGCAAUUCCUUGACAUGUUAUCAUGUCUUGCAACAGAAUAUUUACACAACUUAUGUGUGGGUCUUCGUGCAGAUAUGGAACUCCAGCGUCGUCAUCUCCCUUCAUUGGCAGACAUUGAAGUAUUGUUCCGUUGUCAAGGUAUAAGGACACUUUCCAUAUAUGAGGAGGCCCUGCUCACGAAGAAGAUUUACAAAUACAUCAAGUACGAUGUCGACCGUAUAAGUAAAGAGGCCCAGAAGAUUAUAAUGAAGCUCAAUGAUGCUGAGUACCAAGUUGAUGAAGGCAAUCCGUCAUAUCUUUUCUUUACAAAUGAGUGCUAUGAAAUCGCCCUGCUAGUCCCAUCACAGACUAAGCGACCAUCCUACAUCCCGGAAUACUUUCCUGAACUUCCACCUGAUUACACCUUCCAACACACACCUGAAUAUUUGAAUACGAUCACGGAUCUCAAACGAUUACGGAUCAACCUUGUGGAAGAGAGUCGAGUUGCAGAGAAGCUGCUAUACAAUUUAAUUGAGGAUGAUAAUACUGAAUGGAAGACGCAACCGGAAGGGGAAUUAGAAUUACUGAAUUCACGACCGGAUACACCAUCAGACCACUGUUUCAGCCUAGCAUCUUCGAAUUUUAAAGAAGAAAAACAAGAGGAUUUGCAAUCAGAAGGUAUUGAAGGAAACAUGUUAACUUCGAUAGAUCUGUUGGAAGGAGCCGUUUCUUCCCAGAAUUUUGAUAUCGUCCGAUAUUCUGCAUUACGACGAAACAUUUCUGAAAGGCGGCGGAAAAAAAUUGAGGAACGUCGUCGCCGACGUCAAGAGAAUCCUUUUAUGAGAAUGGAGAAGUACUACCUGCCUUAUGCAGCAUAUAAUCAUACCCUCGAGACUACGGCAGAGUUUGACGAGAUGGUAACUGCAGGCUUUCAUCAAAUAAUCAAGCAAGUCCGCUCGCAUCAUGCGUCCCAACGCAAGCAGCUAGACGAUAUAGUGAAGAAAAAGGAUCAAAUUGUUCAACAACGUCAAGCGGAGCGUGACAAGUUGGAUUUUGCAUUCAAUUUUCUGAGUAAUGGGUAUCACCUGCUGGAUCUGGAGGAUGAAUUUGCUGAUUACUUCGACAACGUGCGUUCGGCAACUUCCAAUACUCAAAGUGCUCAGUUUGGUACAAUUGGUGACGGUAAGCCACAAUCAGCAGAACAAUCGGUUCUCGUAGGAUCUUAUGAUAACGUGACCGGAUCAGGAGAAGAACUGACCAUUGAGCACAAAGAAGCGACUGUAUAG